AUGGACUACAACUUCAACACCACGCUCGCCGCACCGGCGACGGGCUCCUAUCAUGAGCUCUACGAUAUCGCCAGCCUGAACCCUAAAUUAUCCUUCCUCGAGAAGCUCUGGUGGACACAUUACGCCUAUUGGGACAACGACAUUCUCGCUACAGGCAUCAUCACCUUUCUCGCACACGAGCUCCUCUACUUCAGUCGCUGCAUCCCCUGGAUCAUCGCCGACGCCUUCCCCAGCCUCUUCCAACGCUACAAGAUCCAAGACAAGAAAGCACCGCCUUCCGCGCGCGAACAAUGGAACUGCGUCAAAUACAUCCUUGCAAUCCACUUCAUCGUCGAGCUUCCGCUCAUCGUCCUCUUCCACCCGAUGAUGGAAUUCUGCGGGCUACAAUAUACCGUUCCCUUCCCCGAUCUUAAGACCCUCGCCAUCCAGACGACUAUUUUCUUCUUUGUCGAAGACACCUACCACUACUGGCUCCACCGCGCCUUUCACUGGGGCCCGCUGUACCGUGCCGUCCAUCGCGUCCACCACCAAUAUGCCACCCCAUUCGGCCUGACUGCUGAAUAUGCGAGUCCGUGGGAGACAAUGCUAUUGGGCUUCGGAACCAUCGGGCCUCCCUUGGUGCUGGGCUGGUUCACGGGCGAGGUUCAUCUGAUGACCGUGUUGGUGUGGGUGGCGCUCCGGCAGUUCCAGGCCAUCGACUCGCAUUCCGGGUAUGAUUUCCCCUGGAGUCUGCGGAGGAUUUUCCCGCUGUGGGGCGGCUCGGAUUGGCACGAUGAUCACCAUCGGUAUUUCCGGGGGAACUAUUCGAGCUCGUUCAAGCAUUGGGAUGUCUUGAUGGGCACCGUUGCUGGGCCUCGGGGGAAGAAGAUGCAGAAGAGUGAGUAG